AGUAAGCAUACUGUCAACCUUCAUAGCGCCCUUCAAGUACCUGAGUCCUGGAGCAACCACCAUGGAGGAUGAAGACAAUUUAAGUACCAGCAGUGCAGAAGUAAAGGAAAAUCGGAACAUUGGCAACCUGGAGGAUCAUCCAAUAUCCUCUAAUGAGAGGGCAAGAGGGGGGACAUCUAGCAGUAAGAGAAAAAGACCUUUAGAGGAAGGCAAUAAUGGCCAUUUCUGCAAACUCCAACUCAUCUGGAAGAAAGUCUCAUGGUCAGUGACGCCAAAGAACGCUCUGGUUCAGCUACAUGAACUUAAACCAGGUUUACAAUAUAAAAUGGUUUCCCAGACAGGUCCAGUGCAUGCUCCAGUCUUUGCUGUCGCUGUGGAAGUAAAUGGACUUACGUUUGAAGGCACAGGGCCCACAAAAAAGAAAGCCAAAAUGCGUGCUGCAGAGCUAGCUCUGAAGUCGUUCGUUCAGUUCCCCAACGCCUGCCAAGCUCACUUUGCCAUGGGAAACUGCAUCAACCCAUCCACGGACUUUACUUCCGAUCAGGCAGACUUUCCAGAUACUCUGUUCAAGGAGUUUGAACCAUCUACACACAGCGAGGACUUUUCAGUCUAUAACCCCGUUAAUAACGAAUUGCUUUCCACCGCUUAUCGGCAUGGGCGCUUACUCUGCCAUACGCUGGACUUAAUGGGCCACGGUAAGCAAAACAAGCACAAGAUGGCGUCCAAAGCGGAGAGCGAGAAGAACCCGGUGGUGCUGCUAAAUGAGCUGCGGUCAGGCCUGCGGUACGUCUGCCUGUCGGAGACGGUGGAGAAGCAGCACAUCAAGAGUUUUGUGAUGGCGGUGCGAGUGGACGGGAGAACAUUUGAAGGCUCAGGUCGUAGCAAGAAGCUGGCCAAGGGGCAAGCGGCGCAGGCGGCCCUGCAGGCCCUCUUUAACAUUCGGCUGCCCAGCCACAUUCCCAGCAGGAGUAAAUGUCACCACUUGCCACAGGAUUUUGCCGACUCCAUAUACCAAAUGGUUGCACAGAAGUUCCGGGAGCUGACAGACAAUUUCACUUCCAUGCAUGCACGUCACAAAACUCUUGCAAGCAUUGUGAUGACCAAAGGUUUGGACAUCAGGCAAGCUCAGGUUAUUGUGCUGUCCUCAGGCACCAAAUGUAUAAAUGGGGAAUACAUUAAUGACCAAGGGCUUGCGGUCAAUGACUGUCAUGCAGAAAUUGUGGCAAGAAGGGCAUUUGUUCACUUCCUCUACUCACAGCUGGAGCUACACUUAAGCAAGCGGAGAGAAGACUGGGAGCGAUCAAUCUUCGUGCGAUUAAAAGAGGGAGGCUACAGGCUGCGGGAGAACAUCCUGUUCCAUCUGUACGUGAGCACUUCACCCUGCGGAGACGCACGCCUCAACUCCCCCUACGAAAUCACAACUGACUUGAACAGCAGCAAGCACAUAGUGAGAAAAUACCGUGGGCACCUCCGAACCAAGAUUGAGUCUGGAGAGGGCACCAUUCCCGUCCGGUGUCACAACGCGGCCCAGACGUGGGACGGCGUGUUGCUGGGAGAGCAGCUCAUCACCAUGUCCUGCACAGACAAAAUCGCCAGAUGGAACAUUCUUGGGCUCCAAGGUGCUCUCCUCAGCUCCUUCAUUGAACCCAUGUACUUGCACAGCAUCAUUGUGGGAAGCCUCUAUCACACUGGUCACCUUUCCCGGGUAAUGAGCCAUAGAAUAGAAGACAUUGGUCAGCUGCCAGCUUCAUACCGGCGCAAUCAGCUGCUUCUCAGCGGGGUUAGCCACGCUGAUGCUCGUCAGCCCGGAAAAUCUCCCAGCUUCAGUGUGAACUGGAUUGUGGGGAAUGCCGACCUGGAGGUUAUCAAUGCCACAACGGGGAAGAGGACCUGUGGCAGUCCCUCACGGCUCUGCAAGCACAUGUUCUUCGCUCGGUGGGCAAAGCUUCAUGGCAAGCUGAGCACACGAGUCGUGAGCCAUGGAGACAUGCCAUCAGUGUACAGCGAGGCAAAGCUGGUGGCUCAGACGUACCAGUCUGUCAAGCAGCAGCUGUUUAAAGCGUUUCAGAAAGCCGGUCUGGGCACCUGGGUGAAGAAACCCCCAGAGCAAGAUCAGUUCCUACUAACUGUAUAAAUCACUCGACACCUUUGCUACAUGACCGGAUCAAAUCAGCUGGAGAGAAGGGUAGGCAGGACACGUGAGCCGAGAGAACUGAAGCAGUUUGAGAUUUAACAGCAACCUCCAUGGGAAUAUUUGCUUUUAAUUCUGUAUUGGAAAUGCGUAAAUAGAAAUGUGUCUGAUGCACUGAACUCGGCUUUAGAAAACCGCUUUUUCAUGAUCCCUUCCCAAGAAUGUACCUGCCCCAGUUAUAAUGCCACCUCCACAGGGAUUCAUUCUGCUUUUCAUUGUUUUUUUGCUGUUUGUUAUUAGUGAUUUGAGGCGUUAGCAGGCCACCUGUCUGAUCCAAAAUAGAGUUUGUUUUCCCUCACAUAAUCAAUGCAAGAGUCAUCACUGAAUAACGGAAAAUAGUGAGCAAAAGAUGGAAGUACCCCAGACACACGGCAUGACAGCAGGUCUCAGAGCAUCCAUAAUCAUCCACAAAAAAGGCGUCUAACCUCUAUGCAAAAAUCAUCCUGUUAGCUGCCUAAAUCUGUGAGAAAGAAUUUGGACCUCAAAGAUAUGCAGCAUUUUUAAACUCCAUUUUCCCCUGCUGGCUCAGAGCACAAAGCCGGGCUUUGGAUUCUCUUGGUUUUUAGACUUAUUCCCUCUGACACGUUUGGACAAACCACUUCCCACCAAAUCUUCAAAUCUGGCCACAAGUUUUGCACACUGCAAAUUUUAAUUAUCCAGGCCCAGUUCAUCACCCAUGACCUUUAGGCACCAGCCAGAAUGCAGAUGCUCUUCAAAAGGGCAAUUCAACUCUGUGCUGCCUGUGGAGGUGCACAGCUCUGCAGGGGCCAGCAGUGAAGACUGGUGUGAGGAUGGAGGCAGCUCUGGAACUUCAGGUAGUUGCCUAAAAUCAGGCAGGCUGGAGACAGGACUCAGAGCCUCAGAUUUCAAAAUUUAUGAGGAUCCACAGCUCUAAAUUAAGUGUGUUUGAGCUCAGGAUGCUCCAUACAUCUGCAAAAUUGCUGGAUUGGGUGACCACAACAAGACAACCCAAACUAGAGAGCACAUUUAAUGCUUUCCUCUUUACUGCCUCAGUUUGUCCAUCUGUAAAAUGGGGAUAAUGAUUAUUACCUGCUUCACAUGUAAGGAACUCGGCAGGAACAAAUUGCUCUGGUCAUAUGCAAUGGUGUAAGCCAGAUUCUGUUGCUCUUGCAGUGAGUUUUACCUCCCCAUAUAGUCCAAUUGACAGAAGUGCAGCAGAUGCAGCUACAGGCUUGGGUAAGGUCUUAAUGUAAGAGCUUUCAGAUUCUAGCUCUAUGUAAAUGCCAAGUAUUAUUAUUAUUAAAGUUUGUCUGCAGUUUGAAAAGCAGGUGGGGUUUUUCAGUUCAUAGACAAGUAGCACCCAACAGUUGAAUAUUUUCUUUGUAACUGUGGCUGGGUCUGAUAUAAUCACAUCUUGAAACCAUCCCAAACUUCAUCAGAAUGCAGAAGAUACAGUCAUGGGAGAACGGAGCUUUGAUAGUCCCACUGCAGAACCAACCUUCAAACACCCGGUGUAUUUCUUUUAGGUUUUGGUUUUUUAAAUGACAGGAUUUGCGGGUAUAUAACUACUGUUUUCUUUCCUUUUUAUUCCUGUGAUUCUCUUUAAAUCUGUAUAUAACAUGCUGCUACUGAUUUGUGAUAAUUGUCUUGGUAUUUUCUCAGAAUUGUCAAGCUGAGUUACUUUUCAAACAACACAAGGCUCAUAUUUUUCCAUGUAAUUUCCUUUACACGGGAAACUGUUCCUAUCAAUAAAGAUAGAUGCUCUUUGUAUAGGGUUUAUCAUGUUUGGAGAGCCAUAUACAGUAAAUACAUUGUUUAUUGAUGCCCACAAUAGAAUAGCUACAGUAUUUUGAUGAGAUUUUAUUUUUAGAUUAUAAACUACAAGAUGUAUCUAUAGUGUCUUGUAUAAAAACAAUUGUGAUAAACUAGAAUUUUUAAAUUAGAUAAAAAAAGCUCUCCCAGAAACCUUUUCAGUGAAAUAAUACAUUCCAUAUUAACUACCAAAAAUAUUUAAAAAAAUAUCCUUAGAGUAGAAAUAGUAUUAAAAAACAAAAACAAAAAAAAAAAACUAAGACGUUUCAAUAAUGGAAGCAUUUUGUGGUAACCACUUUGUCAAUACUUUGAUCACUUUGUCAGCUCUUCUGAUUAACAUUCAGAAUAUUUUUGACACCUUCUGGAGCUUCCUGAUACCCCACAGUAUCCUGCCCUCUAACACAGCUGUCACUGGUGCAAACUUCCAGUGUAACCUGGGCAGCAAAGGUGCCCAGAGGGGCAGCGAGUGGGUGGGGGAUCAAGCCCAUGACUGGAGGUGUGGGAGAAGCUGUGGGUGACACCGGCAGUGGCGGUCCAAGGGGCUCCAGCUGCUCCCACCAAGGGAGAGAAACCAGAGGGCAACCAGAGAGAAGGACAAGGUUUCUCAUGCAGAGAUCCAUAAGGCAGGAGGAAGCAGUGUCUUCUACUUUUUCUCUCUAACUUAGUCUUUAUCUAGCACACAAGAGACCUCAAGUUUCCUCCUUACAUCUCCCUGCCUUCAUCCACCUUCCUCCAGCCCUGGCAUGAUGUCAGCCCAACUAAUGGCGUAAAGCUCCACAGGCCAGUGUUGCAGCUACUGUGACAACAAUGCACCAUUCCUGGUUAUUUUAAGGACAAAAAGAAAAGUGUGGUGGAAUUGAAUUAUCCUUUGUUGCAAGAAAUACAUAAAUGCAAUCUUGGAUUCAGCUGCCAGAAGGAGUUUGGUAGGGGAAACCAAACUGAGUCCCCACUGCAAGUGGGCAUCAGCUGAUCUCAUUGAAGGCAAUGGAGUUGCACCUGCUUGCACUGGGGUUGAAUACAACCUUAAAUGUCUAUUUCUCAUUACCUGCAGCAAUGGAGUGUGAUGGGACCACAUCCCAGAAGCACACAGAACCUACAGGCAGCAUUUCCUGAAGCAAAGGAAAACUUGCUCAGUAGUAAUUCUUUAGUGAAGAUUCUGUACAUAACACGCAUGAGUGAAUGGCAAUACUGUACUAAUGGAUGUACAUUUGUAAUAUUUGUAAAAAAAAAAGAAACAAAAAAGACAACAAAAGAAAUAAAUCUGAAUUUACAUAUGUGAAUUUGCUGCUAAGUUCUGUAAAUUGCACUUCAGUGAUACCUGAUAAGUGAAUGUUUCUGUUAAGUGAAUAAAAUGCCAAGUAAAAUUGUUCUUUCA